UAGUGUGGGCCCCUGUCUUAGCUGGCCGACAAAGCAAAGCCAAGCGAUAAUGCAAAGCAUGCUCUAAUUUUCUUCAAUCUUCUACUUUCGGUUACCAUUACCAUUUGCAAGCAAAUCAAUCAAAUUAAGCAUUGCUUUCUCUUUCUAAUUUUCUUAAUUAUCUUCAGAACUCCAAUUGUUACUGAUAAGAAGAUAUUUGUAAGACCGAUGAAAGAUAAUGGCGCUUGAUACUAAAGAUAUUGAUUCGUUCUUCCAUGGCGCAGGAGCAAAACCCGGUUUGGAGAUCUGGUGCGUGGAGAAUCUACGGUUGAUUCCACUUCCGAAAUCCUUGCAUGGGAAGUUCUAUUCUGGAAAUGCUUAUAUAGUGUUGAAUACCGUUUUGCUCAAAAAUGGAGCUCCUCGGCACGACGUACAUUACUGGAUAGGAAAAGAUGCGAAUGAGGAGGAUUCAUCCUUGGCAUCAGACAAAGCACUUGAAUUAGAUUCAGCUUUAGGGUCCUGUACCGUGCAAUAUAGGGAAGUUCAGGGCCAAGAAACAGAGAAGUUCUUGUCAUACUUCAAACCUUGCAUUAUACCUGCCGAAGGAGUAUAUUUGUCACAGCAUGGGCACUUGGAUGACCAAUCAUACAGAGUUAGCUUGCUAAGAUGCAAGGGCGAUCAUGUUGUUUCUGUGAAAGAAGUCUCUUUUUCUCGGUCAUCUUUGAAUCAUAACGAUGUAUUCAUACUUGACACCGCAUCAAAAAUUUUCCUCUUCAGUGGAUGCAACUCUACCAUACAAGAAAGAGCUAAAGCUUUGGAGGUUGUUCAGUAUGUCAAAGAAAACAAACAUGGCAGAUUAUGUGAGGUGGCAGUUAUAGAGGAUGGAAAAUUUGUUGGUGAUUCUGAUGUUGGUGAAUUUUGGAGUUUGUUUGGUGGUUAUGCACCCAUUCCAAGGGAUUUGCCAUCUGAUGCUCUGGAGGAAUCUAAUACUCCACCUAUACAACUAUUUUGGAUAACAUUACAAGGUAAACUAUGUCCAUGUGAAGGUAAUUCAUUAAACAAAGAAAUGCUCGACUCAAAUAAGUGCUAUAUGCUGGAUUGUGGUGCUGAAAGUUUUGUAUGGAGGGGUCGAAACACUUCAGUUACAGAACGGAAGACGUCAAUUUCAGCCACUGAAGUAAGAAAAGCUUUCUUCACCAUCAUCUUUCUUGAUUUUCUGAGAAGUCAGAGCAGAUCUACAACAACCCAUUUAACAUUUCUCACUGAAGGGUUUGAAACAUCCGUAUUUAGGUCAUAUUUUGAGAGUUGGCCUCGAGUGGAGCCUAAGUUGUAUGAAGAAGGUCGAGGAAAAGUAGCAGCAAUAUUUAAGCAUCAGGGUUAUGAUGUGGAGGAGCUUCCUGAUGAAGAAGACUGCCAGCCCUAUAUAAAUUGCGAAGGCAAACUAAAAGUUUGGCGGGUAAAUGGUGAUGAGUUGAUCCUUGUUCCAGUCGAAGAGCAGACAAGGCUUUUCAGUGGGAAUUGUUAUAUUGUUCAAUAUAAAUAUGCUGGCAAUGAAAGGGAAGAAAAUCUAUUUUAUGCAUGGCUUGGUCAUGGCAGUGUACAGGAAGAUAGAGUUGAUGCCAUUUCCCAUAUGAAUACUAUUGCAGACUCAACAAAGGGGGAUCCAGUUUUGGCUCGAGUUAUUCAGGACAAGGAGCCACUUCAACUUUUCUUGAUUUUCCGGACACUAAUUAUUUUUAAGGGAGGUUUGAGUAGACGAUAUAAGAGUUUCAUAACUGAAAAUGAUAUAGUGGAUGAUACUUAUGAUGAAGGCAAGAUUGCACUUUUCCGGGUUCAGGGGACAAGCCCAAAUAGCAUGCAAGCCAUCCAAGUUGACCAAGUUGCAAGCUCUCUGAACUCAUCCUAUUGUUACAUCUUGCAAACUGGAACAUCUACAUUCACUUGGAUUGGGAAUUUGUCAUCUAGCAUCGACCAUGAUCUUCUUGAUAGGAUGCUGGAACUGAUUAAUCCAACAUGGCAACCUAUAUCAGUGCGAGAAGGGAGUGAACCUGAUAAUUUCUGGGAGGCACUUGGUGGAAAAACAGAGUAUCCAAGGGAAAAGGAGCUAAAACAAUAUACAGAUGAUCCGCAUUUAUUUGCACUUAUGUCUACUGAUGCUGAUUUCAAGGUGAAAGAGAUACACAAUUUUUCUCAGGAUGAUUUAACUACUGAAGAUGUCUUAAUACUCAACUGCCAUGAUGAAAUCUAUGUUUGGAUUGGAAUCUAUUCAAAUGUUAAAUCAAAGCAAGAAGCCCUAACUAUUGGCCAGAAAUUCCUUGAGACUGUCCAUCUGGUUGAAGGAUUAUCGUUGGAGACUCCUAUUUAUGUUGUUACAGAAGGGCAGGAACCUUCAUUUUUCACUCGUUUCUUUGAAUGGGAUUCUUCAAAGGCAAAUAUGUAUGGCAACUCAUUUGAACGGAAGCUUGCCAUUCUGAAAGGAAAGAAGCAAAAUCUGGAAGUUCCUGUAAGAAGCUCACGGAAAGCAUCCUCUAGGGGGACUACUCCAGAUGGUUUCAAAAGCAAUUCUGUCAGCUCAAAUGGGAGGGGAAACGGUUUGUCUACUUCAUCCAGUGUUUCGGGCUCAGAUUCUAAGUCUUCAAGCAACCACCUUUUUCCCAGCCCAACUCCAGUCACAAGGAAGCUCUUUCCAGAAUCUCCUUCAAAUGGUAGUGCUGGUUUGCCAGCAGCAGAAGCAAGCUCUCCCGGAAAUGCAAACUUAGUGCAGGUUGGCGAUAGCAGCAACAACGUAAACUCAGUAAUAUAUCCGUACGAGCGAUUGAAACUGAAUUCUAGUGAUCCUGUGACAGACAUAGAUGCGACCAAAAGAGAGGCAUACUUAUGUGACGAAGAGUUUCAAGAGAAAUUUGGAAUGACAAGAAAGGCAUUCUAUGAGCUAGCGAAAUGGCGACAAGACAAGCUGAAGAUUUCUCUGCAUCUGUUUUAAGAAAAACUUGAAAUCAAAACUAGAAACAUGACUCACGUCAAGUUUCAGUCGAGUAUAGCGUUCACAUGGUUUGGUGAGUUCAUCCCUAUUCUGUACAACACUAUUCGCAACUUGCUAGGAAAAUGUAGAUUAGGUUGAUCUUAAAACAAAAGGCUUUUUUUUUUUUUUUUUUUCUUUCCGAGGAGCGAAAACUAAUAUUUCCUUUAGCAUUUACAUAUAGAAUAUUUCAUGUAGAAUAGUCAAUGUUAACAUUUGCUGCAUGAUAUUGACUCUAGGAGUAGACUUCUCAGUUUUUGAUUUAAUGGUUUUGGAUUGUAAGCAAAUUUUAAGUUCUAGACUUGAUAUUAAAAUUAAAUGGGUUUGGAGACAAGUAAAUAUGAGCGCUUAUUCUCUCA